UUUCUUUUCUUACAGAAAGGAGGAAGUGUCCUCCAUUAAUCUGUUUUAAUCAGACGUCCUUUAACCACCAGCGACGCUUGUUUUACCAGUUUCAUUUACAGGGAAACGGUAACCUAGAAGGUGUUGUAUGUUCUUUCACACAAACACAGAGAUCAGAUACCGGACAGCAGCAGACUAACGCAGAAUGAGUACUAUGGAUUCCUUCAUAAUACUGGCUUGAGUUUUACUUGAUGAUGAAGAUGACAGGAAGAGUCCUGAUGUGUGUAGCUCUGCUCCUGCUCCUGUCCUCUGUGUCGGCUGGACCAAAGCUUCGCUCAAUCAAUUCUUUGAAGAACAUCGACUUUGGUGAAUCUGUGCCCGAACACAGUCUUGUGUUGCUCUACUGGUUUGCCAACACAGUGGACAUUGAUGCCAACAAUAACAUAUGGCUGACCUUUGACCCGAACAGAGGAGAUUAUAGCUCACAUCCUUAUCACAACUCUGAGGGACUGUUGGACGUCUUGCCUUGGGGAAAUGUAUACCGGUACUACACUAUUGGCAAUCUCAAUCAAGAAACAUCCGUGCCACUUCCAGCUUAUGUUGUCGAUCCUCCAUUAGAGUAUGAGGAAGGAAACAGGGACCGGAUCAUAAUUCGUGUCAGAGAGCAGAACACAGGACGGCGAGCCCAGCAGAGGAUAGACCAAGUUUAUAUCACACAGCAUUAUGACACUUGUGAAAAUAUGGGGACAGAUUAUGAUCCAGAUCAUACCUACAGGAUCACUAUCAACCUCUUGAGACAGAUCAGAGAGUUUUCUGUGGGAGGAAACCAACAGCAACUGCUGCAACUCAGAAACCGCUUUGGAAGCAACGCUGAUGUUCUCCACAUCACAAACACAUGGGGUGAACUUGCUGGUCUUGGACUGCUGCUGUUUAUUGUGAUCCAGAAAAAUAACUCCUCUAACCAACAAAACAGACCAGAAGAUAGAAGAAGUCCUUUGGAUGAUAAUUCGGACAGAGAGACCAAUGUUCCUAGAGGUUCUAGAAACCAAGGUGACGUUGUAUUGAACAUCAGUGAUGAUGAAGACCAAAAUGUGAGCAGGACGACUUGGAACAGAGAAUCCCACUUUCACAAUACCUCAGUACCCCAGAACGACUGCCAGUGGUCGUUCUGUUGUAAAUGUUGUGUUUGUUGCAUUGUCACCAUAUGCUUAAUUGCAUUGGGUGCUGUAUUAUUGUUCUUGUUUAGAGAUAAGUUAUAAAGAUAAGUAAAAUGAAAUAAAACUUCAUAUAUUGCAAAGGAAAUUGCUUUGCAACAGUUGCAAUACAAAGUGGAAAGAGUGCAAAUAUUAAAGUCUAAGAUAACGAUAAGGUGCAAAUAAGGCAAAAUGUGGUUCAGAGUAUAGAUGAUGAAAACAAACAGGUUAAAAGGUUUGGGUCAGUCUACGUAGGGUUGCAUUUAGACAUGCAUGUACAGUAUCAGAUCUAAAGUAUAGGUGUUACAGCCACAGUCUUCCCCCUGUGCUCUGGCCUUGGUGUGUGUGUUUGUAGUACAUUGCAUAUGUGGAGACUCUCUCAGUUGAUUGGACCAAGAACCUGAUUGGUGUUCCAGGAAGUCUGAUGUGCGAAUCAGAAGAAGGAAGGCUCUUUAGGAGGAGUAUAAAGUCUGGGCCGAGGCUUCACUCGAGGCGUGGCUGUUGUUCUUCAAGCGCCCCACAUACCUCUCAUGCCUGACUGUUAAAUGCAUUUUAUGCAAAUUGGUCCAAAGUACUAGUCACACCCUUGGGACGGGGCCAGGUCAGUUUAUAUAAAACUGACCUCACAAAUAUAUGUCUUUGAAAUGUAUGUUAUAAACACUAGGGACAGGUGGUGGUGCUUCCCUGUAUUUUUGGUUGAAGAGUUAGAAUUGAAAGUUAACUUGUGUGUAUCUAAAGAGCUCCUUUUUGUAAAUAAAUAACUUUGUGAACCUUAAAA